AGAACCAGCCAACAUAAUGACACGAUAUUCGUCGGAGCCCGAGAACCCCACAAAGUCUGCAAAGGCUAGGGGUUCAUACCUUAGGGUUCACUUCAAGAACACCAGGGAGACGGCUCAGGCUAUCAAACGUAUGCAUAUCUCACGAGCCACAAAGUACCUAAAGAAUGUGGUGGAUAAGAAGGAGGUUGUUCCCUUCCGCAGAUUCAAUGGUGGUGUUGGUAGGAAUGCACAGACCAAGGCAUUCAAAGCAUCUCAAGGUAGAUGGCCAAAGAAAAGUGCAGAGUUCUUACUCCAGCUAUUGAAGAAUGCUGAGAGCAAUGCUGAAUACAAGGGUCUUGACACUGAUCAUCUUGUCAUUGAACACAUCAUGGUCAACCAGGCUCCCAAAAUGAGGAGACGAACCUACAGGGCUCAUGGACGUAUCAAUCCUUACAUGAGCAGCCCAUGUCACAUUGAGGUGAUUCUUGCGGAGAGGGAGCAGGCUGUGCCCCGCCCCGGCCCUGGUGGUGAUGAUGAACCAGUCAAAAAGAAGGUCUCACAGAAGAAACUUAAGAGGCAAAAGAUGAUGAUGAGGGACUAAAUCAAUUUACUAAAUUAAACGUGUCUGGUUCACA